GCCGCCCGGAGGAGGCGCUGGAGGCGAGCCCCGGGUGACGGAGGCCCCAGGGCCCAAGAGUGGAAAGACUGUUUUGGCCAACUUUCUGACAGAAUCUUCUGACAUCACCGAAUACCAUCCAACCCAAGGAGUGAGGAUCCUGGAAUUUGAGAACCCACAUGUUACCAGCAACAACAAAGGCACGGGGUGUGAAUUCGAGCUCUGGGACUGUGGUGGUGAUACAAAGUUCGAGUCCUGCUGGCCAGCGCUGAUGAAGGAUGCUCAUGGAGUGGUGAUCAUCUUCAAUGCUGACAUCCCAAGCCACCGGAAGGAUAUAGAAAUGUGGUUCUCCUGCUUUGUCCAGCAGCAGUCCUUACAGGAUUCUCAGUGUCUCUUAAUUGCACACCACAAACCAGGCACUGGAGGUGAUACAGGAAGCUUGUCUUUGUCGCCACCCUUAAGCAAGCUGAAGCUGGUGCACUCAAAUCUUGAGGAUGACCCUGAGGAGAUCCGGAUGGAAUUCACCAAGUAUUUAAAAAGCAUAAUCAACGCCGUGUCUGAGAGCAGGGACAGGGAGGAAAUGUCAAUUAUUACCUAGCCAACCUUCAUUUGGGACUUCUACAUGCCAAGUGAAAUGAACAUCUUUCCCAGAGCACAAUGGAAAUCUCAUUCAGCCACUGAUAUGUUCUUCUCACUGUAGCUUUAGAAGAAAGUUUCCAUUCUGCUAGAAGGUACCAACCAGCCAGGGAGUUGACUCAUACCAUCUAUUCUCUGUCCUCAGUUUAGUUGAGAAAAAUCCUGUGACUGAAUCCUGAUUUCCUGGCCCUAGACCUUUUCAAACAGCUGGAAAAUUGAGGGAUUUCUUCCCCCUUCUCACAAAUGUCCAUUUAUAAAACUAUCACAGCACAAUGAUACAACAGGACUUUAAUCCAUGUGUAUUACUCGUUUGAACAUGAUUUUCAUUCCUUGGUUCUUUGAACAAGUAUUGACUGGUUGAGCAUC